ACAUUAUAACUGUCAACUGGCAGUAUUCUACGGUCUGCAAAAUCUUGUCAAAAAGAACGGUCGUUGAGGUUUGUAACCCGCAUUGCUAACGAUUUCAAGAACUUCAAUUAGAAUAUUUAGUAUUUUUAUUUUAUUUCACUAUGGAAGUUACUGAAGACAAUCUUUCAACCCUGGCUACCUAUUUACAACAGACAUUGAAUCCUGAUCCAAAUAUCAGAAGACCCGCUGAGAAAUUUCUAGAGGGUGUAGAGGUUAAUCAGAACUAUGCGAUACUACUCCUCCACCUUAUUGACAAAGAUACAGCAGACCCAACGAUCAGGGUUGCCGCUGCGGUGACAUUCAAGAAUUAUAUCAAAAGGAAUUGGCCGGUGGAGGAAGAUGGAGUUGACCGUAUACAUGCAUCAGAUCGUGCUACCAUCAAGACUCUCAUUGUGUCACUAAUGCUGAAGUCUCCGGAGGCGAUACAACGACAGUUCAGUGAUGCUGUGUCUAUAAUCGGAAAGUCAGAUUUCCCAGAAAAAUGGCCGGGACUGAUCAGUGAAAUGGUUGAAAAGUUUGCAACAGGCGAUUUCCAUGUCAUCAACGGCGUGCUGCGUACAGCUCACUCACUCUUCAAGCGGUAUCGUUAUGAGUUCAAAUCGCAGAAAUUAUGGGAAGAAAUAAAGCAUGUUCUCGAAAACAUAGCCAAGCCUCUUACGGAUCUGUUUGUGGUGACAAUAGACUUAACGAACAAGCACGCGGGUAACGCUCAAGCUCUGAAAGUCAUCUACGGCUCGCUGGUAUUAAUAUGCAAGGUAUUCUACUCACUGAACUAUCAAGACCUGCCCGAGUUCUUUGAAGACAACAUGCCGAUAUGGAUGCCCAAUCUACUAAAUCUCCUACAAGUUACAGUGCCGUGUCUGGCCGAUGAUGAGGACGACAAGCCGGGUGUAAUAGAGUGUCUCCGUACUGAGGUGUGUGAGUGUGCAUCGCUGUAUGCCCUCAAGUAUGAGGAGGAGUUUGCACCACACGCACCUGGCUUCGUGACCGCUGUAUGGCAUGUGCUGUUGCAUACAGGAGCAAAGGAGAAAUACGACUCUUUGGUGUCCAACGCUCUAACGUUUUUGGCGAAGGUCGCUGAGAAGAACAGCUACAAAAAUCUGUUCGAAGAUCCGGCCACACUCAGCCAGAUAUGCGAGAAAGUCGUCAUACCCAACAUGGAGUUCAGAGAGUCGGAUAUCGAGUUGUUUGAAGAUAAUCCCGAGGAAUAUGUCAGGCGUGAUAUCGAAGGGUCGGAUGUGGAGACCAGACGCCGCGCCGCCUGCGACCUGGUGCGAGCCCUCGCCACACACUAUGAGGAUAAAAUGAUGGCCAUCUUCGGACAGUAUGUAGAGAUGAUGCUGUCAAAGUACUCCUCGAGCGGAGGGACCGCCUGGAUCAAUAAAGACACGGCGCUGUUUCUGGUGACUUCGCUCGCGUCCCGGGGCUCCACACAGGCAGCGGGCGUGACUAGGGCUUCGCCCUUGGUGGAUUUAACCUCGUUCGCCGCUACACAUGUAUUGCCGGAGCUUCAGCGGCCCGACGUGAAUGAGCUGCCGGUGUUGAAGGCUGAUGCUAUCAAAUACAUUAUAACGUUCAGGUCGCUGCUCCCCAAGGACCUGAUCGCCUCGGCUCUACCGCUACUGAUCCAGCACAUUCGUGGCGGUGGCGUAGUGUGUACGUACGCGUCGUGUGCGGUGGAGAAGCUGCUCGCUGGAGGCCUAGCGACCAAGACGCAGCUGGAGCCCUACGCUGGGAACCUGAUGGGAGCCCUACUGACCGCGAUCGAUGGAGGACCUACCGCUCACAACGAAUACGUCAUGAAAGCCUUACUCCGCACCCUGGCCAGUCUUCGCGAGGCUGCGCUGCCCUAUCUCGGGGAGGCGCUGCCGAAACUUGCAUCCAUACUGUCUCUGGUUGCCAAGAACCCUUCCAAGCCCCACUUCAACCACUACCUGUUCGAGAGUCUCUCUUUGGCUGUGUCUUUAGUAGUCAAAGCAAACCCGAGCGCCAUCACAGCUUUCGAAGACGCCCUCUUCCCGAUAUUCCAGGAUAUUUUACAGAACGAUGUAUUAGAGUUCAUGCCAUACGUGUUUCAAAUGCUGUCGUUGCUCUUGGAGCUGCGCGGUUCGUGUUCGGGGGCUGGGGACGGGGGGGGUGAUACAUACGCCGCCCUCCUGCCCUGCCUGGUCGCGCCCCCGCUGUGGGAGCGACCAGCUAAUGUCCGUCCUCUAGUGAGGCUACUGUGCGCCUUCGUUGCCGUCCGAUCGGACCUCGUGCUCAGUUCGGGGAAGCUGAACGCCAUGUUGGGUGUAUUCCAAAAGCUAAUAGCCUCCAAGACGAACGAUCACGAAGGUUUCUUCCUCAUACAGACAAUGCUCUUCAAGUUUGGCGAGUCUGUGAUGCAGCAGUACACGAAACAGAUAAUAACUCUACUGUUCCAACGUCUCUCAUCAUCGAAGACAACAAAGUAUGUCCGAGGUCUGAUAGCGUUCCUCGGCUUCUAUUCUGCACAUUUCGGAGCCGAUCCUCUGAUAGAGCUCGUGGAUUCCGUACAGGCUAAUAUGUUCGCUAUGUACGUGGAGAGGGUUUUGGUACCGGAUGUGCAGAAGGUUUCCGGGGCUCUGGAACGCAAGGCGGCGGCUGUCGGGUGCGUGAAGCUGCUGUGUCACAGCGCACACUUCCGGGAGGGGAGAUUGGCUGGUCUGUGGACGAAUCUGUUGCAGGCUCUCAUCGCGUUGUUCGAGUUGCCGCCAGACGAAACCCAGCUGCCUGAUGACCACUUCAUAGAGGUCGACGACACCCCGGGCUACCAGCCGGUGUACGCACAGCUAGCCUGCGCCAAGACCGGAAGCGAUGAUCCCUUGGCUGCCAUAGAAGAUCCGAAACGUUACCUGGCGGAGAGUCUAGCGGCCAUGUCGCGGGACUUCCCCGGCGUCCUGCCGCCGAGGGUCGGUUCCCUUGACGAACCUCAUCGCGGCGUGCUGCAGAACUACCUCCAGAGUUACGGGGUAGCGAUCUGCUGAUGUGUCACAUUUCUAUCUGAACUUUCAUAGAACAGUGAUCAAGGUCACACAGAAACUGUGUAAUAUAAUUGAUGUUUAAAUUAUGAUGUGGGCCGUCUCAAUGUAUCGUAUAUCUGACUCAUUGAACUCUAACCGCGUCUCGUAACCAAACCAGACGCCGCGUUGGACCAGCUCGAGACUGAAGUUAUUGUUAAGCGUAAUGUACAUUGGUAAGGUUUUGUAUGGACGCCGAGCGUCGCCCGCGCCAGCACGGGUUGCCAGCUUCAACAAUUCACAUUAUAGUACAAUGGAUCUAUUUUGUUGAUAAUUAAAUAAAAAUACAUACUUAAUUCCGUCAAUAGUAAUUGUUUUUCAGGUUUGUGUAUCAAUUCUUUGUCGUUAAUAAAAAAAAUUUUGUCCUCUAUGGAGGGAACCAGUUGUAUGUUUUGCAAUAAAUGUAAUUUUUA